UGGUACACUUAUGCCUCCUGAUGGACCAGACGCGUGGCCAGAGAAUACAAGCAAGCGCCAGUGGCUGGUCUUUUACAGGAUAAAUGGAUUGUCCCUGCAAGGAGGUGGUCUCAUCGAUGGUAGAGGACAGAAAUGGUGGGAUCUUCCUUGUAAGCCCCACAAGGGCAAAAAUACAACAACAUUGCCUGGACCAUGUGAUAGCCCAAUUGCUUUAAGGUUUUUCAUGAGCUCCAACUUGACUGUGAAAGGACUUAAAAUUAAGGAUAGUCCCCAGUUCCACUUCAGAUUUGACGGUUGCCAGAAUGUCCAUGUAGAAUCCCUUCACAUAACUGCUCCUGCCUUGAGUCCCAACACUGAUGGGAUCCACAUAGAGAACACAAAUGGUGUUGAAAUAUAUAAUUCAGUUAUCUCUAACGGUGAUGAUUGUAUAUCCAUCGGAUCAGGAUGUUAUGAUGUGGAUAUAAAGAACCUAACUUGCGGACCUGGUCAUGGAAUCAGCAUUGGGAGUCUAGGCAAUCACAAUUCACGAGCCUGCGUCUCCAACGUCACAGUUCGAGACUCAGUGAUAAAGUUAUCACAAAAUGGGGUAAGGAUCAAGACGUGGCAAGGUGGAUCUGGAGCUGUAGCAGGAAUAACAUUCAGCAACAUUCACAUGGAAGCUGUCAGGAAUCCGAUUAUAAUCAAUCAAUUCUACUGCCUCAAAAAGGGCUGCAAAAACCAAACAUCAGCUGUUUAUGUAUCAGAUAUACUCUAUGAAAGCAUCAAGGGAACCUAUGAUAUCCGAAGCCCUCCAAUGCAUUUUGCCUGCAGUGAUUCAGUUCCAUGUACUAACAUCACGCUCUCUGAUAUUGAGCUUCUACCUGCUCAAGGAGAUAUCGUUUUGGACCCUUUUUGUUGGAAUGCUUAUGGUGACUUAGAAACGCUAACAAUCCCACCAGUGUCCUGCUUAAUGAAGGGCAUUCCUCGAUCCAUCCUGGAUAAUAAGGAUAUGGGUUAUUGCUAAUGUUUUAGAUUUUUUCUGUAAAUCAGUUCCGAUGCACAUGUAUAUAAUUGGAAGGAAAGUCAUGGAUGCGCCGGGAUUCUAUUUCUAAACAUGUAAUCAUUCUGAAGAUGUUUAUAUUAAUCUU